GAGGGCAGACUUGUCGCUGCGAUCGUCCUUUACGGAAUCGAUGAGGUGUAGCGACGUAACAAACACGUAAAAUCAGUGUUUGUGUCCGUCGCGAUACGAGCUGAUCACGAGAAGAAAAACAGCGGACGGAAUAUACACCUGUCUCAUUGUUUUAUAGCACCUGGCAAAACCACAGACAGAAUGUCGUGUCAACAACAACAGCAAACACAGCAGAAAGCUGGUGUGCCACUGUAUAACCAGGCGUCAGGUGAAAUGUACAUGCUGAUACGUUUCCGAUGUGACAUGGAUCAACGCAUGCGCAAUGCUUUCAUGCAAGAAAAGCGGAUCAUGGAGCAAUAUAAUGGAAAAUUAAUGGGAGUGGCAAACUCGAUCCAGGUCGUUGAAUGUUGCGACAAGUACCCAACAGAUGUCGGAUUCGCCCUUUUGAAAUUCAGGAGCGAAAGAGACGCUGAUCACUGGCUCAUAAGCGACCCGAUAUUUAAACAACAGGACUGGCCGAACCCAGCCGACACACUGGAAAUAGCAAUGUUCCCUCUAAGCUAUAUUCCGCAAGAAAAUGGAUACACAACAUUUCACUUGACCGAAAUAUGUGACGUAUGUGACCGGAACUUCCAAGACAAUUACGUCAACAAAGUGGCCCCGAUUAUGGAUAAGUUUAAAAUUCGACAUGGCUUGAUAGCCACAACGGGCGCCAGAGACAUGAGGAGAACAUGGAUCAACAGAACGGCAUUUGUUUUGAUCAAUGCAUACGAAAGUAUGGAGCAGUUCCAACAGUUCUACGACUCUGUGCAUUACGCCGAGUUAAAGAAAUAUCGUCAGGAGCACAGCAAUACUACCUCUGUCCUAUUCAAGUUAACGUAACGAGACUCGGUGAUUCCAAUACCCGGAUGUUUCGACAUGGACACCAAUUAAAACAAUAACAAUUGUAACAUUUCAACAUUAGAAUGGAACAGAACUUCGAUGAACAGGACGAUG